GAAGUGAGCGGCGGUCGAUCCCCCCGUAUCCGGUGCGGCGGGGGCGGGGGCGGGGGCUCCAUGGUGACAGCGCAGGUUUUCAGCGCUCCUGGCCUUCCUGGAUCACCUGUCUGUCAGAUCUCCCCUGCCACUGUCCUGUCAUCAUGUCCAAGUUAAAGAGUUCUGAAUCCGUCAGAGUGGUGGUGCGGUGCCGGCCAAUGAAUGGGAAAGAAAAGGCAGCUUCAUAUGAUAAAGUUGUUGAUGUGGAUGUCAAGUUAGGGCAGGUAUCAGUGAAGAAUCCCAGGGGGACAUCUCAUGAGCUGCCUAAAACUUUCACCUUUGAUGCUGUCUAUGACUGGAAUUCCAAGCAGUUUGAACUUUAUGAUGAGACCUUUAGACUUCUGGUGGAUUCUGUCCUGCAAGGGUUCAAUGGGACUAUCUUUGCCUAUGGGCAGACUGGGACAGGGAAAACAUAUACAAUGGAAGGAGUACGUGGUGACCCUGAAAAAAGAGGGGUCAUCCCCAAUUCGUUUGACCACAUCUUCACCCACAUCUCUCGAUCUCAGAACCAGCAGUAUUUGGUUAGAGCUUCUUAUCUGGAAAUAUACCAAGAAGAAAUCAGAGAUUUGCUAUCAAAGGAUCAGUCCAAGAGGCUAGAGCUGAAAGAGAGACCAGACACUGGUGUGUAUGUGAAGGACUUGUCAUCUUUUGUCACAAAGAGUGUCAAAGAGAUUGAGCACGUCAUGAAUGUGGGGAACCAAAACCGCUCAGUUGGUGCUACCAACAUGAAUGAGCAUAGCUCCCGUUCCCAUGCCAUUUUUGUGAUCACCAUUGAGUGCAGCCAGGUGGGACUUGAUGGGGAGAAUCACAUCCGUGUAGGAAAACUCAACCUAGUGGACCUUGCAGGCAGUGAACGCCAGGCCAAGACUGGAGCACAGGGGGAAAGGCUGAAGGAAGCUACCAAGAUUAACCUCUCCCUUUCAGCUUUGGGCAAUGUUAUAUCUGCCCUAGUAGAUGGUAAAAGCACUCACAUUCCAUACCGGGACUCAAAACUAACUAGGCUACUUCAGGACUCACUAGGUGGCAAUGCUAAGACUGUGAUGGUGGCCAAUAUAGGCCCUGCCUCUUACAAUGUAGAAGAAACUCUUACUACCCUUCGAUAUGCCAACCGUGCCAAAAACAUCAAGAACAAACCAAGAGUUAAUGAGGAUCCUAAGGAUGCACUGCUACGAGAAUUCCAGGAAGAAAUCGCUCGGCUCAAGGCACAAUUGGAAAAACGGUCUGUUGGUAAAAGAAAGAAGAGAGAAAGGAGAAGAGAUGGUGGGGAAGAGGAAGAGGAGGAUGGAGAGGAGUGUGACGAAGGGGAUGACAAAGAUGACUACUGGAAGGAGCAGCAGGAAAAGCUGGAAAUUGAGAAGAAAGCUAUUGUAGAGGAUCACAGCUUGGUGGCAGAAGAAAAGAUGAGGCUGCUAAAGGAGAAGGAGAAGAAGAUGGAGGAUCUCAAGCGAGAGAAGGAAGCAGCAGAAAUGCUGGGUGCCAAAAUCAAGGCAAUGGAAAGCAAGCUCCUUGUUGGAGGGAAAAACAUUGUGGAUCAUACAAAUGAACAGCAGAAAAUCUUGGAGCAGAAACGUCAGGAAAUUGCAGAACAGAAACGUCGGGAGCGAGAAAUCCAGCAACAGAUGGAAAGUCGGGAUGAGGAAACACUGGAGUUAAAAGAGACCUAUAGUUCCCUACAGCAAGAGGUGGACAUUAAAACCAAAAAACUCAAAAAGCUUUUUUCCAAGCUGCAAGCUGUGAAGGCAGAGAUCCAUGAUCUCCAGGAGGAGCACAUCAAGGAGCGGCAAGAACUGGAACAGACCCAGAAUGAGCUUACCAGGGAGUUAAAGCUAAAGCACCUGAUUAUUGAAAACUUUAUUCCCCUGGAGGAAAAGAACAAGAUCAUGAACAGAUCUUUCUUUGAUGAAGAGGAAGACCAGUGGAAACUGCAUCCCAUAACUCGGCUGGAUAACCAGCAGAUGAUGAAAAGGCCAGUGUCAGCUGUGGGAUACAAGAGGCCUUUGAGUCAGCAUGCCAGGAUGUCCAUGAUGAUUCGUCCAGAGGCCCGGUACAGGGCAGAAAAUAUUGUGUUACUGGAGCUAGAUAUGCCUAGCCGAACAACCAGAGACUACGAGGGCCCAGCCAUUGCUCCUAAAGUGCAGGCUGCUCUAGAAGCAGCUCUGCAGGAUGAAGAUGAGAUACAGGUGGAUGCCUCCACUUUUGAGAGCAUGUCAAAUAAAAAAUCAAAAUCCAGGCCUAAAACUGGAAGGAAAUCGGGGGGAUCCUCUUCCUCAGGCACCUCUGGGUCUCAGCUCUACCCACAGUCUCGGGGACUGGUUCCUAAGUAAAAACAGCAAUUCCUCUCCAGGGCAUGAACAGCGUUUACCUUCUGAGAGCAAAGACAAGUAAAAACCUGCAGAGAGGACUCUCAGCCAGACUCCAAGUCCUUUCCUUUGGGGAAUAGCAAUGGCCUCUUUGCAGUUUAACUGACUUGUGUCAAAAUGUGCCAGUCCCAGGUGUGCUGAACCUUGCAGGAAAAGAUUUUCUCACAAUCUAGCAAUCAGUCCCUAUUGGGAACAGUUUUUAGUUAGGAAAUCAGAAAUGCAUGAGGUACGUUAAAGUGUGUUAGAAGCAAUGGGAAGCAUGAGGAUCACCUCACAGCAUCGCCCUCUCUCCUUCUGUUCCAGCCCCCUUGCUGUACUGGGCUCUCUUGCUGUUGGGCAACAGGAAAGAGUUGAAAGUCAUCUCAACAGAAUCAACUCUCCUGAACCUCAGGAUGAAAACUUAGUGAGGUUAAAAAGUGGAGGGUAUAUCCAAGCUUGACUAGGUGCAUUGUUUUCCUCUUUCUGUUGAAAGAAUGGCAUCUUCAUUUGGGGUUAGAGUUGGGUUGAACAACCCUGAGAAGGGCAGGAUUGGAGAUCUGUUUCCAUGCACUUCACAGCUAGACCUUUCCGCUUCCCUUUAGAAAAGUAGAACAAGAGAGGAUCUUGGAAGUAUAUUUUGCUCCUGUAGAAUGGAAACAGUAGAAACUGAAAUUCUCUGUCUGUUUACAGACAUCAGUAAGAGCUCUUCUAAACUGACCUGCUAAAGACUCAACCCCUACUGGCAGGGACCACCUUGUCAAAGAAUAAGUCUGCAUACCAGUGUCAGCUCCAUACUAGCUCUCUUCCUCUCUCUUCUCCAUCCCACACCUGGCUUUUUAGACCAGUGUCCAUACUGAAUAUCUAAACCCCAGAGCAUGUAUGGCCAUUUUCUCAGAUCUCCCACCAUUUGUAGGAAAUGUAGAUCGUGCUAGGUCUCUGCCAGGAGGCGCACGUGGCCGGUUCUGCCAUUCCCUAUGACAUGGAUGAAAUCUGGAGCACUAUGAGGCAAAGCCAUAUUAGAUUUCACUUUUCUGAUAAGUAUGCAACCUUUCCCUUGAUGUUAUGAGGAGCUUCAGUGCAGAAGCUUCCUUUUGUGUCUCAUCCUGCUCCAAGUUAAGAACAUUCCCUUUUCAGUCUUAAGCUUCCCUGAAUACAGUGAGGCAAGGUGGGAAUGAGGGCCAUGUGUAAUCACCAGUCUGGGGGUGCAAGGAAAUCCGAUAUAAAUCCCAAGGAUGGUACACUGAAAUUGAAAGGGGAAGAACUCCUGCUUUAGAUGGUCUCUUUUCAAAGUUUGCCCUAUGACUAAUAUCACAGGCCUCCAUGGUUCAGUGGGGAGAGGGAAACUGCUGUAUUGGAUGGGCUCAGAAGACAGAGUAAGGUGUUCCUGUCUUGCGUCUCUCUGUUCAGCUUGUAACUUUUAGUUCCUUGUAUAUUGAGAGUUGGGCUAUUUUUUUUUCUUGGCUGUUGUCUUGUGAUUGUUUUUUACCCAUUACCUCUCCCUCGCAGAUGACCUUUCACUAGACCGACGAGUGUAUGAGAACUUGCCUGUUUUUAGAAAUACUCUAAUGUAGGGACUCUACUUUGUGUUCUUGUUAAGUAUCCAUUGACUGACUCUGUCCAGUCUGGAAAAACUCCAUUGUAUCUGACCGCCAUGAGCAGAAGGAACACGACACUUAUAGCAUAAAGCUCUCCUCUGCAUCUUGCUGGCAUGGUGCCUUGGUUAACAGCCAAAGAAGACGGGAAAUCCACCAAGUUCCUGGAAGAGACCCUGGGAGAGUGUACACAAGCAGUCUCUUCAGAGGACUGUUUAAAAUCCUCCUCCUCUUUGCUCUGCUCUGUAUAAAUGGAUACGAUUUUAUUUUUCAAGUUACAUGCAGUAAAGGUAGCUUUUCUGUUCCAGAGUCAAUUCCCACAUGAAACCAAACACAUAGGAAUUACAGCACUUAACAUUCUUAAUAUAGGUCUGAUAGCCCUUUGUUGAAAGGUUUGCAUGCUGCUUGAAUCUUAUAGAACAUAUACCUCUGUGAUGACCUUUUGAACUGUAAUGAUGCAUUAUACAGACUUUUGGUUUAAUACAGAACUCUCUAGUUGUAGUCCUUCCUCACUGUGUCUAGAUUCAUUGCCAAGUUUCAGAGAAGCACUGAUUCCUGUAAAUCUGGAUAUUUUAUCUGUCCUAUCUUUUAAUUUCUGAUAUCUGACCAUACAACCAGGCCUUAAAAGGGGAAGAAGUAAUUCUUGUGGCUUGCUUUCUACAGUGUUAAACACAUAGACAAAUGAGAAGAACAUACGUGCACAAUGCAAAAGCCAUAAUCAGAGGCUCAGCUGGAACUGAACAAGAACAGUGGUGCCUGGCUGCUCUGCACCGUGCAGUGGUCAUUUAGCUCCCUAUGUUCUAGGCACUUACUACCUUACCCUCCUCAGCCCAAUUUCUCUUGUUUCUGGAAUUAAAUGCCCAAGGGUGUUUGUGGGCACAACUGUCUUUGUGAGAUUUCACUCCUUGGUCUUACACUGAUCUUGACCUUUUCUUUGGCGACCUAUAGACAAAGAACGUCCCUAGUUCUGUCAAUAGGUUUUACAACUUAUAUUUAUUUGUAUCAUCUCUUUUGGCUAGGAAUGUAAAAGUGAUCCUAAAGUAAGAUGUGUAAUAAAAUCAGUGAGAUUUAUUGUAUCUAC